CUCCUCCCGCCCCCCGCGCGGGUGUCCGGGCCCUGUCUCUGCCCUCGCCACGCCGCCACCUCUGGAGCGAGUCAUGGUGGCUGCACUGGCGGCGGCGUGGCUGCUCCUGGCGGCCGCGGCCUUCGCGCAGCGGGAGCAGGACUUUUACGACUUCAAGGCGGUCAACAUCCGGGGCAAGCUGGUGUCGCUGGAGAAGUACCGCGGCUCGGUGUCCCUGGUGGUGAACGUGGCUAGCCAGUGUGGCUUCACAGAUCAGCACUACCGGGACCUGCAGCAGCUACAGCGGGACCUGGGGCCCCACCAUUUCAACGUGCUUGCCUUCCCCUGCAACCAGUUUGGCCAGCAGGAGCCGGAUAGCAACAAGGAGAUUGAGAGCUUUGCUCGCCGCACCUACAGUGUCUCUUUCCCCAUGUUUAGCAAGAUCUCAGUCACUGGCGCUGGUGCCCACCCUGCCUUCAAGUACCUGACCCAGACUUCUGGGAAGGACCCUACCUGGAACUUCUGGAAGUACCUAGUGGCCCCAGAUGGAAAGGUGGUAGGGGCUUGGGACCCAACCGUGUCAGUGGAGGAGAUCAGGCCCCAGAUCACAGCGCUUGUGAGGAAGCUCAUCUUGAAGAAGCGAGAAGACUUAUAACCACUUUCCUUCCUCUCCCACUGUCCCCCACCCCAACCUUGCACGGGUGACCAAAGCAAACUCAAACGGUGCUACCAAGGGAGAGACCACUGACUCUCCUUCCUCCACUCUUAUCCUCCCUACCCCAUUACUCCCGUGGGGGAGAAAAAUCUAUUUUGAUUAUUUGAAUCUUGGAGCAACCUAUAGGAACUCCUGGCCAGUGAGAGCUUUUGACCAAUGGCUCACCAGCCAAUAAGAACCUCUAGCCCAUGAAAACAUGUGGCAAAGAAGUAUUUCAAGCAGUAAUCUCCUACCUGUUAAGAACUCUGUAAAAUGGGGCCGAUUCCUACCUUACAGUGCUGUUGUGAGGAUGAGGAUGAAAGGCCUAUAAAAGUGCUUAGGACAGUGCCAGCUAAGUAGGAGGCAUUCAAUAAAUGUUUUUUUGCAUAUGAACCAAAAAAUAACUAGUGAUCAGUAAAAACUUGCACCUAACAUGAAUAUGAAUUUCCAGCCAAUGAGAAUCCAGGCCGAACAUUUAUUUGUUGAUGUUGUUAUUGUUUUCCCAUGUGUUAUUUUAAUUACAAAAGUAAUACAAAUUCGUUGUCAAAUAAUACAAGAUGAUACAAAAUAAAAAUGAAAGUAUCCCCCUUAUUUUCUGUACUCUCACUCCCUGGAGUAAACACUGUUAGCAAUUUGGUACAAAAUCUUCCCUGACUUCUUUUUAAUCAAGCCAGUCAUUGCCCAAUAAGAAUUCACUGACCAAAAGUACACUACAAUUACAAACAGGCAAAGGAUAUAAAUAGAUAAUUCACAGAAGAAUUUAGAUGGAUAAUAAAGAUAUGAAAAGAUGUUCAGUCUCAUUCAAGUUGGAAAGGCUUUUUAAAUAAUAAUACUCAUUGCUGUUAAGGAUGUGGGGAAAUGGGCAUUCGCGUGAACUGUUGGUGGGACAGCAAACUGGCACAAGUUUUGGAGGAUGAUUUGUCAGUAUCUUUUCAAAUAAAAUAUUUAUAUGCU